UGAUUGGUAAACCCAAGCUCCUCCCUCGUUAACGUGCCCUGGGCGCUUGUCACUGCGGGGGCAGACAGGCGGUGGCUCGAGACGCUUUUUUUUUUUUUUUUUUUGGAGCUUCGUCGGUCGGUCCUCGGCAUCACCAUGUUGCGGGUCUGUCAGCGCGUGGCCACCACAGCGGCUCAGAAUUGUCUUUGUAGUAAAAGUUCACUCCGUUCUUCACGACUGUCUCGUGGAUAUGCCUCAUCUAGAGAACCUGGUGUUUCUGCAGGAAAAAUAAUUGGUGCCAGUGUUUUGUUUGUUGGUGGAGGAAUAGGUGGAACUAUUUUAUAUGCAAAUUAUGAUCCACGCUUCCGAGAAAAUGUAGAGAAGACAAUCCCUUAUUCCAGCGAUUUGUUUGAAAUAGUUUUGGGUCCUCUUCCUUCUAAUAUUUCAACACCAAAGAAACCAAUACAGUCAGCUCCACUAAAUAUAUCUUCUGUAGCAGAAGUAAAGAAAGAAUCUAAACAAGCAGUUGUGAGAUCUCCAAAGAGCAAAACGGAUACUACUUCAGCUACUACUGAAGAAAAAGAAGCAGGCUCAGAAGUCGCUCACAUAAUCUCAGCAACAGGGGAAGCAUUGUCAGUACCAGCUCCAGGAAUGCAGCAGGAGGACGAAUGCCACAAAAGUCACGUUCAGCAAAAACCUCCUGACUUAGGUAAAGAACAUCGUCAUGGUGAUGCUAUUGUAAAAGAAAGGCCGCCUGAAGAGGUUGCAGCUCGUCUAGCACAACAAGAGAAAGAAGAACAAGCGAGAAUUAAGGCCCUUGCAGCAUCCUUGGAAAGCGCUUUGAAUAAUACUGCUCGUAUCACUUUGCAAGCAGUUACUCUCCAGGAAGCUGCUGUUCAGGCGGUCAAUCUUCAUGCUCAAAAACUGAAAGAAGCUAUGGAUAACUCUGAGGUUCCAAGUGAGAAAAAGGCAGUUCAGUGGCGAACUUUGGAGGAAGCAUUGAAAGAUCGUAGAAAAGCUGUGGAUGAAGCUGCAGAUAUUCUAUUAAAGGCCAAAGAAGAAAUUGAAAAAAUGAAAGGUGUGAUUGAUAAUGCCAAGAAAUCUCGUAUACCUGGAGUCAAACCACACAUACAAGGCAUAGAAGAGAACCUUCAUCGUAUGAUCACUGACUUGGACAAUGUGGUCAAAAAGGUACAAGCAGCACAGUCAGAGGCUAAAAUAGUAACACAGUACCAUGAUCUUGUAACCAAAGCAAGAGAAGAAUUUCAGAGAGAGCUGGAUAGUGUUACUCCUGACAUUCAGACUGGUUGGAAGGGACUAACUGACCGGCUGACAACAGAUGACUUGAAUUCUCUUAUUGCUCAUGCUCACCGCCGUAUAGACCAGCUGAAUAAGGAACUGGUAGAUAUGAAAGUCCGAGAGCAACAACAUAUUAAGACAGCUCUGGAAAAACAAAAACUGGAAGAGAAAAAAGCUUUUGAGUCAGCAGUAGCAAAGGCAUUGGAACGUCAUAAGAGUGAAAUCCAAAUUGAACAGGAGAAGAAGGUUGAAGAAGCUCAAGCAGUUAUGGAAAGUGAAAUGCGAACUCAGUUACGCCGACAAGCUGCUGCACAUGCUGAUCACCUAAGAGAUGUUAUCAGAAUUCAAGAACAAGAACUGCAGCAACAAUUUGACCAGAAUUUAUCUGAAAAACUCACUGAACAAGAACUUCAACAUAAACGUCUUCAUCAGGAACAGAUUGACAACUUCACUCUGGAUAUCAAUACAGCCUAUGCAAGGCUGAGGGGGAUCGAACAGGCAGUUGAAAGCCAAGUAGUUGCUGCAGAAGAAGCCAGGAAAGCCCAUCAGUUGUGGCUUUCAGUUGAAGCUUUAAAGCAAAGCAUGGAAACUGCUGCUGGGGAUAGUCCCACAGAACCCUUGGAGGAUGCAGUACAGUCCAUCCAACUCAGCUGUCCUGAUGAUGAAUUCACCCAGGCCUUAACAGCUGCCCUUCCUCAAGAAUCACUCAGUCGUGGGGUAUAUACGCAAGAGGCACUAAGGGCACGCUUUCACACAGUCCAGAAGCUGGCUAAAAGAGUGGCAUUGAUAGAUGAAACAAGAAACAGCUUGUAUCAAUAUUUUCUGUCUUAUCUGCAGUCCCUUCUCUUGUUUUAUCCUCAGCAGCUGAAGCCACCGACUGAGCUUGGCCCUGAAGACCUUGACACAUAUAAGUUGUUCUCUUAUGCAUCCUACUGCAUUGAACACGGAGACUUAGAAUUGGCAGCUAAAUUCAUCAAUCAACUGAAAGGAGAACCCAGAAGGGUGGCACAGGACUGGCUGAAUGAAGCUCGGAUGACCUUGGAGACAAAACAAGUGGUGGAUAUCCUGACUACUUAUGCUAGUGCUGUGGGCUUGGGAACAACUCAGGUGGACUAAUAUAAGCCAGCUACGCAGGACUUCUAUAUCUUUAACACUAGUCAACCAACAUACAAGAUUUGCAACAGUACUGGGAAUUGGUGGGAGAAAUUGAAAUUGGUUCCAAACCAUGUAAGCAACUCAAGUGUCAUUAGGAAAAAAAAGUUCCAUCUCCUAGUACUCUUAUAAAUCUUAGCACCUGUUGCAUUUGCAUUUUUUUUCCUUUAUCAUGUCUGGAAUGUGUUUUUGUUUUUGUUUUAAUCUGCAUAACACAGUUUCCAGGUAUUACUGAUUGAGCUUGUGAACCCACCAAAAUAAUGUUUAUAACCUUACUGAUUUGCCAUUUGGCUCAAUUAAAUAAAUGAUAUUUAAACGA